AACGAGAAGGGAUUACGGACAGAGAAGAGGAGAAAACGGGAGAGAGAAAUGCUAUCUUCUGACGAAACCUCAUUCCGACUGAGAACGAAACAGGAUGACUUCAGCGUUCUCGAGAUUCUUGACAUACUUUUACUUUGGGUUCCAAGUGGUUCUGCAGAGCUUCAUCGACCCUUGCCACCUUCACCCGCAGCCGUGCCACAUCCUCGCGCGGAUAGGGCACACGGUGCGCCUGGGCGCACUUCUGCCCACCCGCCGGCCGGCCAGGGUGCAGGCUGCCCUGAACCGCGCCCUCGCCGGCCUUGGUCAAACUGGGGGCAACUACCUCCCCUACAACCUGAGCCUGGAAGUGCUGGCGCGGGAGCCCCCGAACGGCGACCCGGAGUCCCUCUUCACGUGCGUCUGCCAGACCAUCGUUGUGCAGGGAGUCUCCGCUGUCCUGGCGUUCCCGCAGACUCAGGAAGAGCUGGUGCAAGUGGAAUUUAUGUCCUCUUUUUUGGAAAUACCUUUCAUUAGCAUAAUUGAGCAAGGGGAGCCGCUGAAAAUACAGAACCGGUUCCACCUGCAGAUGGUGACCCGGACGCCCCCGUCGGGCCUGGCGCAGCUGCUACUCGGCGUUCUGGAGCGGGGCGGGUGGCAGGAGGGCGUGGCCCUGCUGUGUGGCGGCUGGGAGGAGGCGGGCGUGCUGGAGGCGCUGGAACUUCACGGGCGACAGGGCGUGGGGGCGACGCGCUGGCGCCUGCAGGCCACCCUCAACCUGACCCGCGCCGCGGAGGAGGAGGAGGCGGAGCUGACGGACUUCCUGCUGGAGCACCUGAGCCGGUCCCGCGGCCCCUCGGCCGUGGUGCUGCUCUUCGGGGGCGACCCCCUAUGCGUGGCGUCCGUGCUGCGCAGCGCCGGCGAGCUCGGCCCCGCCCUGCCCGCGCUGCACUGGAUUAUGGGUAACCCUCUGAGUCCGGACGCCCUGCACUCCAUCGGCGCCCCCCUGGGCCUGCUGGCAUACGGCGAGGUCGACCGCAAGCCGCUGCACUUCUACAUCCGCGACGCCCUCCAGCUGCUUGGCCGGGCUGUCUCCGCGGCGACCGUGGUGCGGCCCGACCUGGCUCUGAUCCAGAACAUGGUCAACUGCUACGACAAGCCCAACAAGCACGAGGUGCUCUCUUCGGGCCAGUACCUGGCCAGGUUUCUGUCCAACACCUCCUUCACGGGCCUGACGGGCCCGGUGCGGGUGCAGCGGGGGGCGUCCCGCGUGCUGACGUCCCAGCGGCUGCACGUCUGGAGCCUGCAGCGGGACGCCAUGGGGCAGCCCACCUGGGUGACAGUGGCCAGCUGGGACGGGGGCCGCCUGCAGGCGGAGGAUCGGGGGGUGUGGCCGGGGCCCACCCAGCCUCAGCGGACGGAGGCGGGGCGGGGCAGCAGGAAGGGCGGGCGGUGGAGGGCGGGGCUGCCGGUGGCGGGGAGCCGUCUGCGGGUGGUGACGCUGGUGGAGCACCCGUUCGUGUUCACGCGGGAGGCGGACGAUGAGGGGAACUGCCCCGCGGGGCAGCUGUGCCUGGACCCCCGCACCAACAGCACCGAGGUGCUGGACCGGCUCUUCCUGGAGCUGGCGCAGGGCAACAACAGCAGCUUCCUGCGGGCCAGCAUCCGCAAGUGCUGCUACGGCUACUGCAUCGACCUGCUGGAGAAGCUGGCCGAGGACCUCUCAUUCGAGUUUGACCUCUACAUCGUCGGCGACGGCAAGUACGGGGCGCUGAAGGGCGGCCGCUGGACGGGGCUGGUGGGUGACCUGCUGAGGGGCGGGGCCGACAUGGCCGUCACCAGCUUCAGCAUGAACUCCGCCCGCAGCAAGGUCAUCGACUACACCAGCCCCUUCUUCUCCACCAGCCUGGGCAUCCUGGUGCGCAGCAAGGACACGGCUGCCCCCAUCGGCGCCUUCAUGUGGCCGCUGCACUGGACCAUGUGGGUGGGCAUCUUCGUGGCGCUGCACAUCACCGCUCUCUUCCUCACCCUCUACGAGUGGAAGAGCCCCUUCGGCAUGACGCCCCACGGGCGCAACCGGGUCCGGGUGUUCUCCUACUCCUCCGCCCUCAACCUGUGCUACGCCAUCCUGUUCGGCCGCACCGUCUCCAGCAAGACGCCCAAGUGCUGGACCGGCCGCUUCCUCAUGAACCUGUGGGCCAUCUUCUGCCUGCUGGUGCUGUCCAGCUACACUGCCAACCUGGCGGCUGUCAUGGUCGGGGAGAAGACCUUCGAGGAGCUCUCAGGGAUCCACGACAGCAAGCUCCAUCACCCCUCUCGGGGGUUCCGGUUUGGUACGGUCCGAGAGAGCAGUGCGGAGGAUUACAUGAAGAAAAGCUUCCCGGAGAUGCACGAGUACAUGAGACGCUAUAAUGAACCAACCACGCCCGCCGGUGUCUCCACACUCAAGACAGAUCCCCCUCAGCUUGACGCCUUUAUCAUGGACAAGGCUCUGCUGGAUUACGAGGUGUCCAUUGACGCAGACUGCAAACUGCUCACCGUGGGCAAGCCAUUCGCCAUCGAAGGCUAUGGAAUUGGACUGCCCCAGAACUCCCCCCUCACCUCCAACCUGUCUGCCUUCAUCAGCCGCUACAAGUCGGACGGCUACAUGGACAUGCUGCAUGACAAGUGGUACAAGGUGGUCCCCUGUGGGAAGAGGGUCUUUGCCGUGACAGAGACAUUGCAAAUGGGCAUACAGCACUUCUCCGGGCUGUUCGUGCUGCUGUGUGUGGGUGUGGCCGGAGCGCUCCUCACGCUGGCCGGGGAGCACGCCUUCUUCCGCCUCGUCCUGCCCCACAUACGCCGCCGCCAGAAGCUCAGGUACUGGCUCCACACCAGCCAGAAAAUCCACCGUGCUCUAAACAUGACCUACGAAGACGUGAAGAAACGAAGGGCCAACUUGGAGAAAAGCAGUAACAGCAGCGUCCAGAAGCUUCCGUCACUGCAACCCCUCCCACCCCCGCCCCCCCAUGGCACCACGGCAACGUGGAGCAACGAGUCCAGCAAGCCUUCCCAGGCGCACAAGGACACCAAGCGGGUCCACUUCAACCUGGAGACACUCAACACCCGAAAACUCCUUGCGCGUUCUAACCUGGAGGAAGGGGUGGGACAAGGGGGUGGGGCCGGAGGGGGCGUGGCGGGACAGGUCUGUGAGAAUGGGGGUCCAGCAGCCCUGCCCCCCAUCCUGGCCCCGUCUUUGACCUGCCCCCCCACGCGGGAGAAGGAGCUGGAGGAGCUGCAGGAGAGAAUCGAGGAGUUCCGCACCCAGCUGAAGGAUGCGCUGGCCAGGAGAGCAGAGCUCCAAACCCGUCUAGCUAAAGAGAAAGCCCCGCCUCCAGGAUCCACCGUCCCACCCCCUUCAGACACCCUGGCUGUCCGCCCCAUCCCCGCUACAGAUCCUGCUGAGAAGAGGUGA